GCGAGCUGUGAUCAAGCCAACAACAGACAUGAGAUCACACGGGGGGUGGUGGUGCGAAAACGGGAGGGAGAAAUAAGGCAUUUCGUCUUUUGUUUUUGCUUCGGAUACUUGCACUUUAUUUUAUCCAUCUAUUUUGCAUGAGUCUGCAACUGCAAGUAAAGGCUUACGUAGCGUGAUCGGAAUAUAUCUGCUUUAAGUGUCGGUCGCUGCCAGCUCUUCGUUAACCUUUGAAGUGCUACAUUGAUCACAGAUCAGGUUACAAGCUUGUCAGUGCAGCCAUCCCCUGCCUUUGAUCUACGCGCAGAUUUGUGCGAGAUUUACUGGUCCGUCUGGAGCUGCGCUGGGGAGCACAUCAGAAAGUGACCAUGAUUUUGAAUCCGAAGCAGCAGUUACUGGAGCAAAACGCUGAGUGAAAGUACGAAAGUGUACAUACUCCAAACGUUCCGUGACGUCCAGCAACGUCCUAUUUCUUUUCUGAGUCCUUUGAGUGCUGGGCCCCCUAUAUAGCCAAAAUGGAGUGGAUCCUGGGGCAGAAUAGGCUGAGCUUGCUAACAGCGCUUAUGAUGGGCUCCUUUCUGGUUCUCGGAAUAGCAGAGGAUCCGAGAGAAUGUAGAGAACAGGAGUUUAAGGAUAAGUCAGGGAACUGCGUACCCUGCCAGCAGUGUGGUGCCGGACAAGAGCUGUCAGAGGAAUGUGGCUUUGGCUAUGGGGAAGAUGCCCGGUGUGUGCCCUGUAGACUCGGCCGCUUCAAAGAGGACAGGGGCAUGCAGAAAUGCAAACCGUGCCUGGACUGCGCCCAUGUUAACCGCUUCCAGAAGGCCAACUGCUCGACCACUGGCAAUGCCGUGUGCGGGGCCUGCCUGCCAGGGUUUUAUAGGAAAACAAAGCUGAGCGGGUUCCAAGACAUGGAGUGCAUACCGUGUGGAGACCCACCUCCUCCCUAUGAACCUCACUGCGGGGGCCGAAUCAACCUUGUGCCGGUGCCUGCCACUGUGACCAGCCCUCGGGACAUGGCGCUGGCCGCGGUCAUCUGCAGCGCACUGGCUUCUGUUCUGCUGGCCCUGAUCAUCCUGUGUGUAAUCUACUGCAAGAGGCAGCUCCUGGAGAAGAAGCCCACUGCCUCAGUGAGGUCCCAGGACAGCACAUGCAAUGGGGCGGAGCUCUCGUGCUUCGACCGGCGGCAGUUCCAGGAGUUCCCCCGCCAGUCUUGCUGCCGCUGCCACCGGGGCCUGAGGCACACAUGCGGUCCGGUCCCCCUGAUCCCCUCUCUGUGCUGUGAGGAGACCUGCAGCCUGGAGCGAAGCUGUGAUGCCUGUCCGUUCCACUCUCAGGGCAGCCUGGCUGAAGGUCUCUCAAGCCCUGCAGAUGGAAUUGGCCCUGUGUAUCUGGGGCCUUUCUCAGACCCAUCUGCCACAGACACCACUGAGGCCUGGCCGCUUGUGCCAAACUCUGCCAGCAUAGUGAGCCUUGACUGGACCGAACGCCCCCUGGAGGACGCUGAGGUGCCACAGUCGGAUAGCACUGCUGAGUCCAUCCAGGAGGGGGUGUUCGGAAGAGAGGACUCCCCCAGCCCAGAGGCCAUGGAGGUCAAAGCUGACCAGACUGCAGAGGGCCUGGGCCAUCAGGGGAGUAGCAGCCUGGAGGAGGUGCUUCCACAGCCGCAGUUUUCUUGAUAGCAAGGCAGAAUGAUAUGGAUUCAGAAGAGUUUUUUUUUUUACUUGUUUUGAACCUUGAAACAUCCCUCAUAUGACAGCAGCACCAUGCGUUCCAGUGUCAGGUUCAACCACCCCCAAAACGCCUCCAAAAAACACACGGUGCACAAUUCCUUUCAAGUGCUUCAUAACCCGUUGCCUUCCGGCAUGCCUCUAAAAGGGACAAUGUAAAUACAUGCAAAGGCACUUCAAAAGCGGAGGCUGCAGAAAAGACAAAAGAAAAAAUUCCAUGCUGAACGAAAGAGAGAAUCGGCUCCCUGUACACCUUAAUGAAGUAAAAAUGCAACUGGGGACUCUGCUGAUUGUCAGGGAUUAACCCUUGGAGUCAACAGGCUAAGGAAUCACUUUACAUUUGGUCACUUAAACUCAGUUCAUUAAGUCCCUGUAUCAGAAUGUCCUCUAUAGACUCUGAUGACUUGCCCAGAAGUCUUGUGGGAACAAAGUACAGUUGAAAAUGGUGAACUGCUCCGUCAAAAGGAUUGCCUUCGUUUUAAUGGAUAUGAUCAAAUGUGCUGUAAA